AUGAAGUUUCUUUCUCCUCUGGCGCUGAGCGCUACCGCGACUGCCUUGGCUCUCGUUAACCCCGAGCAGCAGCCACUCGCACCCUCCAUCGUCCAAAACCCCCAGUCCAAGUCUCUGAUCGAACUGGCACCAUACCAGACCCGAUGGGUGACCGAGGAAGAAAAAUGGUCUCUCAAGCUGGACGGGAUGAACUUCAUCGACGUGACGGAGGAAUACCAAUCAGGCUCCUACGGCACCCUGCACGCCAGCCGCGUCGUCAAGUACCCCAGUGAGAUGUCCCACUCGCACGACAUCCUCCCGUUGGCCAAGACCCUCGACAAGAAGAAUAUGAGAAGCAACCUCGAGCACUUCACCUCCUUCUACACCCGAUACUACAAGUCCUCCACGGGCAUCGAGUCAGCAACCUGGCUCUUCGACCAAGUCACCGCCGCGAUUCACGAAUCCGGUGCCAGCGAGCACGGCGCGACCGUCGAGCGCUUCGCCCACCCCUGGGGCCAGUUCAGCAUCAUCGCCCGCAUUCCCGGUGAAACCAACAACACUGUUGUCCUAGGCUCCCACCAAGACAGCAUCAACCUGUUCCUGCCCUCCAUCCUGGCUGCCCCCGGCGCCGAUGACGACGGCAGCGGCACAGUGACCAUCUUGGAAGCUCUCCGCGCCCUGCUGCGGUCGGAGGACAUCGCGCACGGCAAAGCCCGCAACACCAUCGAGUUCCACUGGUACUCUGCCGAGGAGGGUGGUCUUCUCGGAUCCCAGGCUGUCUACGCGCAGUACAAAAAGGAAUCGCGGAACGUCAAGGCCAUGCUCCAGCAAGAUAUGACUGGCUACGUGCAGGGCACCCUCGACGCGGGCCAGAAGGAGUCCGUCGGUGUCAUCAUCGACUUCGUGGACCCUGGCUUGACCACUUUCAUCAAGGAAGUCAUCACCAACUACUGUGAUGUGCCUUACGUCGAGACAAAGUGUGGAUAUGCUUGCUCCGACCAUGCCUCUGCGAGUCGGUACGGAUAUCCCUCUGCGUUCGUCAUCGAGUCUCAGUUCGAGAACUCCGAUAAGAAGAUCCACACCACCGAAGAUAAGAUCGAGUACCUCAGCUUCGACCACAUGCUUCAGCAUGCGAAGAUGAGCCUGGCGUUCGCUUACGAGCUUGCUUUUGCUCCUUUCUGA